AUGUCGGACGUUUCCAAGAGACCUUAUUCAGAAGCCCAGGGUACUUCUGUCCCGAAAAAACUGAAGAGUUCUGGUCUUCAAGAACAGAAAUCAACCAACCCUUUGAACAAAGAUGGAAUUUCAGAAUGCUUCCAAAAGUUCACCACUUCAUUAUACGUUUCGUUAGCUCCAUGUCAUGUAAAUAACCCUAUAAACGGUAUCAAAUCGCAGCAUUUAGAUCCUUUGAUCAUGAACUAUUUUCCCAAAGCUCGUGGGGUGGUUCUUGCAUAUUCCAACAUUAAAAUUGGUGAAGACAACCAAUCUGUAGACUCUCAAGACCUGCCAAUCACAGUGGGGAGAAUCUCUGAAUCAUCACCGUUUGUAUUCUUGUGGAUUACUGUUGAUUUUUUGAUAUGGAGUCCUCAAGUGGGUGAUGUGAUAGAAGGUAAUAGCUACAUGCAAACGGCAUCGCAUAUUGGUCUUUUGAUCCAUGAUACAUUCAAUGCAUCGAUUAAGAAAUUCAACAUUCCACAGAACUGGAGCUUCAUACCCAACCAAGAAGAUGAAUAUACUGAAGAAGCCGCUGAAGUUGAAAACUUGGUGGAUGGAGUAGCUGAUAAGGAAGGUUCCAGUGCAGUUGCUGAAGGAAAUAAAUUCAAAUCGUUUGGCUACUGGGUGGAUGAGAACGAAGUCAAGAUUGAAGGGAAAUUGAAGUUCACGAUCAAGUCUAUUCACUCCACCGGUAAGGUGGUAUCAGUGGAAGGAACCUUGUUGAAGCCAGGAUCAGAGAGAGAUGCUCAACCAAUUUUCAGAGAACGUCGCUCUUCAGUGCAACAGCAAGCAUCAUCUGCUCCAUCCAACAAGCACAUGAAGUUUGAUGAUGUUGCAGAGGAGACUGAGCCUGUACCAAGCUAUGAAAGGGAACAAACAGGGGAUGAUGAUGAUGAAGAUGGAGAGGUAUUGAAUAAUUCCGAUUCUGAUGAAGAAUCCGAUUAA